GAGCGUAAUGUGCUGCGUCAGUGAACUAUAUUUCUCUCUGCGUUUCUUCCUGGCAUCCCAGCCGGCUAUAUCAACUCCCUUUUAACGUGUCGGUCUCCUAAAAAUAUCCCUUCCUCUGUCCCUGCUUGUUUUUCGGAUUGACUCUGCUGCAGAGGAAGUCGUUGUCUUUGGAAAAAAAACAGGGAGUGACCACAGAUUCAGACUGUUAGAGCGGGUGGAACCCCACAGCACAGUGCUCUCAGAUAACACCAAGCAGACUCAGUCUCUUCUUCUACGUAUGAGCUGCUUUUCAGACCGGUGCAAGUGAGAGGGAAGGUCCUGAAAGAGCAGCGUAAGCUUGAAAAAGACCGUUUGUGUCACAAAGGUUAAUGAAAAAGCUUUGAAUCCCCUCGUCAUACAAAUGGCUCACAGGAUGAUUCAUGAUGAUGAAGAAGAUGGACGAUCAGUGUUGGGGAUGUUAGAAGUGCAGGUUGAGAGAGACCCAAAGACAGGAGUCACCGUUGUCAGGUCCGUGACCCCCGUGUCUGCGCCAGCUGCUGCUCCCAAGGCCACGCCAAUCUUUGAUGAUGGCAGGAAGAGCAUCCACACCGUUGGCGGGAGUCCAGGUCAACCCUCGUCUGAGGAGCUCAGGCAGAUCCUGAGUGUUGCAGACGGGUUUGGGAUGAAAGUGUUGUUGGACGAGGUUGCAGCUUCGCCACAUGAGGCACAACUGAAGACCCUGGAUGUGGAAUCUAGUAGAGUUCAUGUAGAAAAAGUACUGAGCACCAAAGAUGCACCGCUUAAGGAGAACCCCACACAGAUACAGAUAGAGAGAAAAAAACACAUGGAAGCCAAACAGAAGAUUGAGAAGGAGCCGCUGAAUGUUGGAUAUGAAGAAAAUCAAACUACCACAGUGGUUAUAGACAAUGAAGUGAAGCUAGACAGUCAGAAUCUGGAGGAAAAUCCAGUCACUCUUCUGUUCCUGGGCUACGCCGACGAUCCCGACGAUCCCAGUCAGGAGGAUCCUGAGGGGAUGAUCACCGUUGAGAGAGUCAUGAUCACGGAGGAUGGAGAAGAGACACUCUUAGGCCAUGAAACACCUUCCUCCCUUCAAUCAGCAUCAGGACAGGAAGCAGAGCAGGAGUGUGACACGGAGACGCCGGUCCAAAACCCUCCAAAUGCCGCAGAGGAUGAGAGGGGGGUGGGAAUCAAACCUCCUAAAGAGGAGGAAGAGGCCUGUAAAGGAAAGCAGAAGACCUGUAAAUGUUGCUCUGUCAUGUAGGAAGGAAGAGAAGGGACUGACGUGCACGCCCUCACAGCCUUAAGAGCAUGAUACUCUUGAAAUGGUUUUGCCUUGAAUACAUAAAAGAGCUUCCAGUGAAACAUGUAUCCUACAGUGGGUUUAGGUUUUUAAAAUGUUUUGAUUUUAAAUCCACUUCUUCCUCCUGAUGGACUAAGCAGAGGACUGUUUUAUUCAACACCCCAAUAUGCCUUGAAUGACUGAGCUUCAAGUUUCUGUGUGAAACUUUUCCCAAAGAUUCCAAUUAAUUUUUCAUAAUUUACCGGACAACAAUAGGGCAACAAAUAUUUAGUCAAUUUUGAUUAAAUCAAUCAAUCAGAAUCAGAAAGAUCAAGCUAUCACCCAUCAAAUGUCUGUUUUUUCCAUAGGUAGAUGUCUGUAUUUUUACUCAUUUUUUGCUAUAACCAGUCAACUUAAUGAAACUGUGCACUUAUUUAAAGAGUAAUAAAAAUAAAACCUUCUGUUUUACGGUUU